AAAAAAUUGAAUGCUUUUAGCCAAUCGGAAAGAGCUAUCUUUGUCUAAAUUGUUUUUGUUCUUGUAUACAGUCAACAUUGUAUCCGAGUCGAAGCUAUGGACGAUUGAAAUGUUUGAAAUUCGUACUGUUUUAUGAAUUGCAAAGCGAAGCCUUUUGGGGUAGUGUUUUUACGGUACUAUUGAUAUAAGUUUAAAAUGGGCACGUUUUUACGUUCGCUUGUCUGGUGUUUUGUUGUUUUGUUGUUGUACUUCGAGGAAGAUAGAUCAGGCAGCGAAGGUGAGUGUCAUAAUAACAAUAUUUUAAACCGCUAAACCGCUAUUUUUCCCCUGUCCAUUUAUCCAUCGGUAAUUUAAAGCAAAAGUGUGUCGAAAAUAUAGACAAUUCAAUGGUAAAGAAACGUGCUUUCUUUGUAAAUAUAGUAAAUGUUUAUAGCAUUUUUGGACACGUGGUGGCUAUUAUGCUAUUUCAAGUGCACUAAUUUUAGGUAUCUUUUAUUACAAAUAUAUCGGUAUUAUAUCGCACGCUCUUGUAGAAUUCUUGUAAAAUGUCCAAAACAAAAGUACAAAACUGUUAUAUUUGCCUUUGCAAAUGGCGCCGAAUCGCCGAAUAUGUGUGGCUGCGGUACGGAAAUAUAUCAAAUUCCACAGGCAAAUUUCGGGUUAUAAUUAGGGCGAAAUUUGAAGCGAACUUGUAAUUUGAAACUUCGAAUUUUAGCUUAUAGUUGGGCGACAUGUGAAGACGAAGACCAAUUUGAAUGCUCGUCUGGGGAAUGCAUUUUUAAAGAUUGGCUCUGCGAUGGAGACGAAGACUGCGACGAUGGCAGCGACGAAAAGGCUGAUAUUUGUGGUAUGUGACAUGCUUUUUUAUAUAAAACGUUUACUGCUUCAAAAUUUCGUUUAACAUAUUUAUAAUUGCCCUAUUAUAAAAGAGUCGAAGUGUAAAAGAUAUGAGCAUAAAUAUAGCUACUAAUGAAUUGAUUUGUUAGUGACUACGUGAUAUUGACCUACACAUACGCAAUAGAAUUAAAUUAUAAUUAUCUGUGACUGUAAUGUAUAUGAAAUACAAUACGCCAUAGAAUGUAAUAUUUUACUGUUACAGUUAUUAUACCAACACUAGUAAGGCUAAUUAUUAACCUACUACUAGUAAAACAAAUAUAUAGUGCAAUAUUGGUACAACAUGCUUUGCUUGUCACAAUUUUGUGUAAAAUAUGUUGUAUAUGUAAAUUAUGCCAUAAUUAGUAUAUACCUUCACACUAUGUAUAUUGUGUCUUAACCUAAGUAGGAAAAAGCCAUUCAAAUGCUGUAAUUUGAUUUGACGUGCUAGUAUUUUAUUCACUGUGUGAUAUCACUUGUAUAACAAAAAUUGCAGGCUAUAUUUGGAUGUAUAACUAACCAUAGACUUACUUUGCCAAAAACAUUUGUUAGCAUAAGACCCCUUGUGGAGCUUAUUGUUAAUCAUUAUUGCACAAGAGUCUUCCAUUAAGAAUAAAAUUGUCUGAUAUUAGACUGAGUACAAAAGCAAUAAAAUACAGCGAUGUACGAUGUCCCUUAAUUUCACACAGAAGAUUGAAUGUUCACUUAAUUCAUGAAUCAUGUAUCUACUUUUCUAUGUAUAUUACUUCUGUAUGAGAGAUUCUUCAUCUUGUAAUAAUCUCUUCUAAGAAUGGUCAUGCCAGAAAACACCCCCACACUUCUCCAGAGAUGUGAACCCUAAGUGCCUAAAUUGCGGAUGAUGCCAAUACACUGAAACACUGUAAAACCACAAUGCCAAUAUUAACAACUAGCUUUUGUAGCCAAAAAGAGAACAACAUGUUUGUUCUUGUUUGAAAUAUGUAAAUGUGAAGUCCUCAAAUGUGUUUAGGGUAAAGUCCUCAAAUGUGUUUAGGGUGAAGUUACAGGGUUAAAUAAAAGUUUCAUAAAUGUUUUGGAAAUUGACCUCCUUUGGAUGUCCUAGUACAUUUUACUAUACCAAAAGUCAAUUUUUCACAAUCCCCGCUCCAGUCAGCAGAAAUGACAUCCAUAGGGGGAGUGUGGGUAUAUUGUCUGGAAUGAUCCAAUGUACCAAAAAUAUACCCAAGGCCAAUCCAUGAUUUUCAUUAACAAAAGCUAUAUUGCAUUCAUAAGUUCUUUGAAUGUUUGCAUGGCGAUAAAAUAUAAUUGUUUUUGUUUGUGAAAACACCACGUAAAAAAGUAAUAAAUUGCAGUAAUAAAUUUACGUGGUGUUUCCACAAACAAAAACAAUUAUAUAUUGCAUUCAUUAGUGGAAACCAGUUACAUCUUUUCAAUCAGCCAAGUACUGUGCUGCAAUUUAAUUACAUAUGUAGUCAUGCGCCAUGCGUAACAAAGGGAAACUUUAUGUCCUAUAGCUAAAGAAGUGCAAUGUUCGAAUCUUACGAGGUUUUCAUGUGGUGAUCGGUGCAUCCCAAUUGCUUGGCGUUGCGACAGACAAGAAGAUUGUCGCGAUGGUCGGGAUGAAAAGAGCUGCGAUUGUAAGUAUAAUUAUACUCAAACAUUUGCAUCCAGGUAGUAUAUCAUACUUGAAACUGGUAAUAGUUUACCCAUUAAGCUGCAGAGCUUCCCCAUUGACAAGUAAAAUCGUAUGGCAUUAGACAAGUUAAAAAAAUUAGUAGGGUGCACUAGGGCCGGCGGAUUGCGGCUCAAUGGGUUAACUAGAGACAUUGUCAGAUUUUUUUGUUAAACUCAUUAAGCUGCAGAGCUCCUCUUUGACAAGUAAAAUCAUCUGGCGUUAGACAAGUAAAAAAAUAUAAGUAGGGCGCACUAGGUUAAUGUGUUGUUUCAUGAACUGCGUGUGAAUGUUAUUGUCAAUUUCAGGUCACUCUCCUAAGUGCGAUUCCCAAGCUUGUUGUGAAUAUUCCCUAUUACGUUUCUAAAUUUGGAAUAUUGGGAUAUAUAAAGAGUAAUAAAGUCCUAUUGUUAGCAACUUGCAACAUUGGGUUUGCAAGUUCCAUGCCCAAUAUUCCAAACUUGGGAACUGCACUUUGAAAAGUGACCAGACUUCUUUAAGAGUAACUUAAUACCAAAUCUGUGUACGGUACCUAGAUAACCUAGCCUGUAGUGAAGAUGAAAUUGCGUGUAACACUUCCACACUACGUUGUAUUCGCAAAUCAUGGGCCUGUGAUGGCGAGGCAGAUUGUCCAAAUGGCUACGAUGAACGCAAUUGCAGUAAGUGAUAGAAACUCUUGUAUGAAGAGAUUUAUACAUUUAGUCUUUUAUCUCGAACCUACUGGAAUAGUUUUCCAUUUUAUUGGUAUGUUCCAUUUUAUAUUGGUGAUUAUGAUCUCACCAUGACAGAAAUGAAAUGCUUUAGGCUAUCUAGACUUUCUGGACAAUCUUGGAUUCUCUAUCGAGAUGAACUAGUUGCAUUGUUCAUCCAUAACUAUUUUUGACAGAUAUGCAUUUGUUCAUAUUUUUUCAUUAUAUAUUAGGCGUGAACUGUACUGCUGAAAAAUAUUCAUGUGAUCUCGGUGCAACUUGUAUUUCAAAAGCAUUCCAAUGUAAUGGCAACAGAGAUUGUCGUGAUGGCUCUGAUGAACUUGGUUGCUUAACCAGUAAGUGUUAUGACUAUAGUGAUUUUCACAUUAGCAAUUUUGUCAACAAUUUUUCUCCUGGCUUUAUGUGACUGAAUGAGUGAUGUGCAAAAGACUUAGAAAUGUUUCUAUACUUUUGCAAAUAAGUGUAUUUGCAUCUGUCAGGAAGGGAAAACAACCAACAAAUUGUCUAAUGUGAAACAGACCUAAGUUUAUAGAUCAUGUUAGAUCUAAGCCAACAGCUCAAAAAAGAACAGAGGAAAAGUGCUCAACCAUGCACCAGUUAAGGAGAAAAUUUCUCCUUAAUUGGUACAGAUGGUUGAGCACUUUUCCUCUGUUCAUUUUUGAGCUGUUGGCUCAAAAAUAUAUAAAGGCCCAUCUAUACAUACGUACGUAAGUUGAAGAAACGAUAUAAUUUUGUGCAGAUGCAACUACCACGGUUUGUCCUGUGGGUCAAGUGCAUUGUGAAGAGAGUAGAGAAUGUAUACCUACGUCAUAUUUAUGUGAUGAAGAUCGAGACUGCAGCGAUGGAUCUGAUGAAUCGCCGCGUGUGUGUGGUAAGUUUGCAUCCUGGUGGUACAUUUAGCGUAAUUUUCCUAAGACGGAAUGGUCCCUCAAUUUUACAUUGCUUCCUACUGUACCCCACUGCAUUUGUAAAAGACCAGUUGGUGUUAAUUUAUUGUUUGGUUUUAAUGAAAGGCAUUAAAAGGGUUAACAGUAAAAACAUAUCUAACCAACCCUGCACCAACACCACCCACAUUGCGGUUAGUUAUUUUCAUGGUGAAAUCUUGUGUACAGAGUAUGUUGUAUUUAUUGCAGCCCAACGUUUAUGUGCAAACGAUGAAUGGCAGUGCCUGGGAAGCAAUCAGUGCAUCAAAAUUACGAAAGUUUGUGAUGGUGCUUAUGACUGUCAAGAUGAGUCGGAUGAAAGGCAGCAUCUGAGCUCCAGUGCCUCAUGCAGUGAGUUUUUUAAUGAAAAUCUUCUUAAGCAGGCCUGGCUUGUGGCUUCUAUAUGGUUAUGGCUGUCAUUACAUCACAUUACACUAUCUGUCAUUAUCACAUUACAUGACCUGUCAUCACAUUAUUAUUAUUAUUAUCUUCAUUUUUAUCCAGGAUACCCACAUCGAUCACCGAAGUGUGUUUCAGUAGGGUCCUGCAACUCAAAAUUACAUUAAUUCAAUAUUUAGCCACGCACUAUUUACAGGAACGCAUAUAUACAAUACUAUUAUUUAAGAGUAUUAAUAAAACGUUAUUUUCACUCCAUCUGCAUCGAAAUGAAACACAACGGCAACGCACUUCUUUGUUUCAAAGACAUCUGAGUGCUCACGAAACAAAUACAUACGCUACACUUCGCCGCGGUAUGUUUGAAGUGAAAAACAGAUAAACUAUAGGCUAGAUAGAGAGAGAAAGAUAAGUAAGUGAAGAAGUACAAAAGUGAAAUUCUUGAAAGUCUUUAAAUUUGAAUGCAGGUCUUUAAGGUCUUUGAAUUGUGUGAAAAAGCGAAGAAAGUCUUUAAAAGUCUUUAAAUUCUUUAGUGAGUAUUUGAUUAUACGAUUUCCUAGCUAAUAAAAUAGAUUGAUUGAAGGAUUUGAAGCAAGAGUUUCGCAAAUAUCGACGAAAAGGCUUUUUUUAGGAUGUGAUUUCACGGGACUAAUUACCGGGUAAAAAUGGUACUUACACUCGCAAUUUUUCGACAGCUGUUUGCUCUCAAAGGUCUUUGAAAAGUCUUUCAAAAUAGGCAGAAAAAAUCUUUGAAAGUCUUUGAAUUUUUUGGUCUUGGAGACUACGAACCCUGGGUUUAUACCUCGUUUACACACCGUCUUUUUAAUACAUUACAUCACAUGGCAUGCCAUGGUAUAUGACAUCACAUCACAUGACAUCAUAUUACAUCAUCACAUUACAUCACAUCACAUUACAAUACAUCACAUUACAUCACAUCAUAUCACAUUACAUCUUACAUCAUCACAUUACAUUAUAUGAUAUAUCACAUUACAUAACAUUACAUUAUACUUUACUCUGAGCUAGUCCAGUAAUUCGCCAGUCUUGCCACUAUCCAGCCUUUGUACAAUGGAUCCUGCAAGUAGUGUUAAAAUGUUCGUAUUUUGAUGUGUUUUUUUUUUUCAAAUAUAGCUCGAAAUGAAUGUACGAAUCGGUCACGUUGUGGUGAAAUGAAUUGCCGGCAAACUCCAGCGGGUGUCCACUGUUAUUGUAAUCCUGGGUACAAGCAGGAUGGUGAAAAGAAACGUUGUGUAGGUAGGUACAGGCACGCAAGUAGAUGCGCAAUUAUCUAAAUUCAAAUUAUCGAAACUGCAUUGAGCUUGUUUCAGACUUUAAAAUGCACCUCAAUUAUUUUUAUCUUCUUAUUCUUAAGAACGUCUGAAACGAUAUAAUAACUUAUUUUGAAGAUUUUCGUUUGCUCACUUUGUAUCUGAGAUAUUUCAGUUUUGUCACUAAUGCAUAAUGAUUGAAAGUAAAAGCUUGUAUAUCGUAUUCACUAUUCAUUAAAAUGAAGUUUGGAGUUGUGGGAGGAUUACAUACCUAUGUAAAACACCAUUUAGCCUUUUUAUUUCAUGAUAUUUAACUGUACCUUACAUUCUUUGAUCAGUCAUUAUCCAUAUGUGAAUUAAAUAACUCGGAGACAAAGUGUGCAAACGAAAAUCGUCAAAAUAAGUUACAAUAUCAUUUCAAAAGUUCUUAUAGGAAUGAGAUGUUAGAAGAAUUGAGGUUAACUAAUUGAAAUUUUGUUAUCACAAGUAAAACUUUAUUUUAAUGUGUACAGAUGUUGAUGAAUGUGAAGAUACAGUUUGCGCUCAAUUCUGUAAAAACACUCCUGGAUCAUUCAAGUGCGCCUGUUAUCAUGGCUAUCAGCUUGUCAAUCAUCUCUACUGUAAACCAGUCGGUAGGUGUAUAAAAUUCAAGUCAAUAUCAGGAUGUGUUUGCAUUGCUUGUGUUCUCAGUUGUUGUGAAAAGUUUGGACCAAGUUGUUAUCAUCUUGUUACAAGGUUGAUGCCCUUAACAGACUUGUUAAACAACUUGUUACGAUCAGACUUGUUGGAACAAUUUGUUGCGAGUGUAUUGGCUUCGCCAACCUUGUUACAAGAUGAUUACAACUUGUUCCAGACCUAUCAACAACUGCGAACAAGCUGUGGGAACAUAUCUUGUUGAAAAGCUGUGAGUUUUUACGCAUGUAGUACAAAACUAACGCCACGAACUGGUAGAAUUGCUUCAAACUCUUUGCAAACUUCAGAUAAAAAUAUUAUGAUCGGUGAUUUCAGUGACCAAAAGCUAGGUGGGGUUUUUGGCCUAGCUACUGUACCUUCCAUUCUUUUUUAUAGAUUCAGUUGAGCCAACGAUUCUAGUCUCCCAGAUAAAUAAGAUCAUGAAUUCCACUGUUGACGGUGGCCAACAGAACGUCUUGUAUGGAAAUCUGAAACGAGCCGUAGCUUUAGAUUACCACUAUCAAAAGAAACUGGUUUUCUUUACUGAUGUUCAUGAGAAGAAGAUCUACAGAACAACGUAUGGAAGCAAGGAAGUCAAGGUAACGUUUGCAUUAUAUUUGAUGCUUUUGUAUUUUCAUACUCGAGUCCAACAAUGUUGGAGAACGUAGGACUCAAAUUCAAAUUAAAUUCGUCUAUUUUUCAAGCCCAUCGUGUCAGUUGGUCUGUACAUGCCUGAUGGCAUUGCAGUCGAUUGGAUUGGAGAGAAUAUUUACUUCACCGAGUCACGAGGCGGCAGAAUUGAUGUCGUCAAUUUGGAAGGAAGAUAUCGCCAUGUGUUGGCGGACAAUCUUGGUUCUCCCCGAGGUCUUGCUGUUGAUCCUAGCCAAAGGUGCUGUACAGUAGAUUGACAAUACAUUUCAUCGAAUUGCUCAAUACUGAAUAGCUCUGUUAGUUCUAAAGUGUUCUCCUUAGAAGUCUAGUAAGGUCCAUUUCUCAUUUGUCCAGUGGUACUGUAGUACAAGAGAAAACCUAAAUUAAGCUAUUUUUUCAUACUGGUUAGCUCUAUCAGUUUUAAAACUGUUCUCCCUAGAGGUCCAGUAAGAGUCAUCUCUUAUUGAUCCAGUGUUACUACAGGAGGAAGCCUAAACUAAACUAACUUUAUAUAAACUGGAUAGCUCUAUCAGUUCUAAACUGUUCUUCCUAGAGGUCCAGUCAGGAUCAUCUCUUAUUGAUCCAGUGUUACUACAGGAGGAAGCCUAAACUAAACUAACGUUAUUUAUACUGGAUAGCUCUAUCAGUUCUAAACUGUUCUUCCUAGAGGUCCAGUAAGAGUCAUCUCUUAUUGAUCCAGUGUUACUACAGGAGGAAGCCUAAACUAAACUAAACUAACGUUAUUUAUACUGGAUAGCUCUAUCAGUUCUAAACUGUUCUUCCUAGAGGUUCAGUCAGGAUCAUCUCUUAUUGAUCCAGUGUUACUACAGGAGGAAGCCUGAACUAAACUAACGUUAUUUAUACUGGAUAGCUCUAUCAGUUCUAAACUGUUCUUCCUAGAGGUCCAGUAAGGAUCAUCUCUUAUUCAUCCAGUGUUACUACAUGAGGAAACUGAAAUACUCAAAGAAAACCUGUAGUGUUUUGGAAAAAAAGGACAUAGAAGUAUUUUUCUCAUACGUUUUUCCAUGUAACCUCCCACCAAGAAGUCUGUUAAGGGCCAUGAGGCCAUCCCCUUUCCAGUUCAGUAUUAAUACAGCAGGAAAACUGGAAACGCAGUGAAAAUCUGCGGUGUUUGUUUGGUGAAGUCAAACUACAAGCACUCUUGUGAGUCUUGUCACAUAUGACCGUACUUAUACCACUAGGUUGGUGGAACAUCUCCGAGUUGAUGUGGAGUAAAAUUGAAAUAAAUUCUCUAUCAUUUCCAGGUAUCUGUUUUACACAGACUGGGGUUCUAAGCAGCCUAUGAUCGGUCGGUGUAGUAUGGACGGCCUUGGAUGCAAAGUUUUGAUUAAUGUGAACAUUACUUGGCCAAACGCAAUCACGCUGGAUUACGUCAACCAAAAGGUGUAUUGGGCAGAUGCGAGUCACGAUUUGAUAUUCGUUGUUGAUUACAGCGGGGACAAUCGCCGCGUGGUGGCAGGAGGACCUGGACAAGAUCCUAUUCCACACCCAUUUGCAAUAACCCUGUAUCGCUCGUUCCUCUACGUCACAGAUUGGCGCGACCAAGAGGUCUAUAAAGUAGACAUACUAAAUCUAGGCAAGGUGACAAAAAUUAUACGAAACAUGAGACAGCCCAUGGAUAUUCAAAUGUACCAUCCAGCCAGGCAAAACUAUUCACAAAACUUCUGUAAGGAUUACGGUUGUAGUCACUUGGGCUUGCUGUCUAGCGUUGCAACUGGCGGAUGUACAUGCGCUUGUGAAAUCGGCACCACACUUGUUGGAAAAACUUGCAAGAGAUUGGAUGAGUUUGUAAUAGUCGCAAGAAAGACUCAGAUACGUGGUUAUGUUUUUAAAAACGGUACAAAGAGAGACGCUGUGGUCCCUGUUCUCGGUCUACGUAACGCAGUUGCUGUCGACUACGACGUUGCCGAGCAAAUGCUGUACUUCAGUGAUCCGAAUCGCUUAUAUCGUGUGAGGUUUGAUGGGGCGGACAUGCAAAUGCUGAUCAAUGAAAGUUUGGGAGAAGUUGAUGGGCUGGCUGUAGAUUGGGAAGCUAGGAAUCUGUAUUGGACCGACGGAAGAUAUAAAACUAUAUCGGUCGCUACUCUUGGUGGCAAGUAUCGACGAACGUUGAUCAGUGAUGAUUUCGGAAGACCUAGGGCUAUUGUAGUUCAUCCUAAAAUUGGGUAAGUGAUUAAAUAUACAGCACUGGUCAAACAUGAAUGAGAAUUGAUGAGAGUUGGCAAGCGAGAGUGUCAUAACUGUCAUAUCCCGGCCAAAGACGAACAAGAGUUGCAUGAAAGUUGAUGAAAGUUGGCUGGAUGUUACCAGUCAAACGAGCCAAAACUCUCGUGAACUCUCAUUAAAAUGGGUCCAGUAAGGGACCUCAGGGUCAUGCAUUGAUGAUUCAUUGUUACAGUAGAAAACCUAAACUAAGUUAAAUUUACUUAUAUCGGGCAGCUCUUGCAUUUCUAAAUUGUUCUUCCUAGAGGUCCAGCAAGGGUAAUCUCUUACUGAUCCAGUGUCACUACAGGAGGAAACCUAAACUUAACUAACUUUAUUUAAGCUGGAUAUCUCUGUCAGUUCUAAACUGUUCUUCCUAGAGGUCCAGCAAGGGUAAUAUCUUACUGAUCCAGUGUCACUACAGGAGGAAACCUAGUAAACUAAACUAACUUUAUUUAUACUGGAUAGCUCUAUCAGUUCUAAACUGUUCUUCCUAGAGGUCCAGUAAGGAUCAUCUCUUAUUGAUCCAGUGUCACUACAGGAGGAAACCUAAACUUAACUAACUUUAUUUAAGCUGGAUAUCUCUGUCAGUGUUGCUACAUGAAGAAACUGGAAUGCUCAGGGAACACCUGCAGUGUUUAGUAAUUAAAAACUUGAUCAGGUUGAGCUGCGUCCUUCGCAGUUCAGCCCAGCUCUCACUUGCAAGUAAGGAUGAUUUAAUUUAGCAGAGCUUGAAAUAACAGCCGAUCACCGGAUCAAUGAUCGGCAAGAAAUUGCUUAUGAUCGGCGGAAAAGCAGGGUUUCGAACCUGAAAAAAGCAGGGAAAGUCAUGACUGCCAAUCACCAUGAUCGGGAACUUUGGGAACGUUAUUCAAGCCCUGAUUUAGUCCACCCCCAAUUACCCCAUCUAAUUUCUGAUUACAUGAUUAUUGAUGAUGUACGUUUUAAUACAGGAUGUUGUUUUGGUCUGACUGGGGAAAUGAGCCAAAGAUAGAAAAAUGUCAAAUGGAUGGCAAGAAUCGUCAAAAUAUUAUACACGGAGAUGAUAUGGGCUGGCCAAAUGGCUUAACUAUUGAUUACAGUACUUCAAAACUUUAUUGGAUUGAUGCACAACACGAUCAUAUGAUGAAGGCGAAUUUUGAUGGCAAAGGAAAGUCAAAGGUUUUGGACAAUUUGGCACAUCCAUUUGGGUUGGAUGUUUAUAAUGGUUUUGCUUAUUGGAGUGAUUGGCACGAUAUGGCUAUAUAUCGCGCUCAAUUGAACGAAACAUCGAGUGAGAACAAGGAACGUUUGUUGUCUAAUGUUGGUGGCUUGAUGGAGAUUCGUACGUACAGGAGUGGACUUGUUUCAAGUAAGGAACUUUAACACAACAAAAUUUAAUUCGAUGUCUUCUUUAGCAACAGCCAAUAAUUUAAUAAGAUGAAGAUUUUGUGUCUGAAAAUACUGUACAUUCCAAUUCUUUGAUGAAACCUUUCCACUGUAAUUUCGGUAUCGAGUUGGUAGAUUAAUUAGGUAUUUAAUCAUUUCAAUAAUUAGUUAUUAUUAGUAUGUAAUUUAGAUAUCCAAUCAGUCUAAUUUGCAGAAUCAGGUAUCAAAAAUAAAAAAAUGUCUGUGAAAAUACUGCAAAAAUGUACUUCCCAAAAAAAUUUCUGGGAACUACUGUAGGUCCCCAAUGUUUCCACCUCUGCUCUGAAUAUUAUCAACAUGCUAAAUAUGUUAUGUACGUUAUCAGAAAAUUAGCUGGAAACCUUCUUUAUGUUAUAGAUGGCAGUAACCCUUGUUCCAAGGCCCGUUGUACUCAAUUGUGUUUAUUAAAACCAUCAAAUGAGCACACCUGUUCCUGCAAAGAGGGCUUCUCAGUGGACACGGAUGGCAGAAGUUGUGUCGGUAAGUUCAACGCCAUUGCCAGAGCGGAAAAAGUAAGGUGGACAAACGAGCACUGAAGGCGCUUAACAUUUAGGCAGGGCUUUCAGAAUUAUUCUGAAUAGGUGGCUGUGUUGAUAAGGUAUAGGCGACUGUGGGGAGCGUUCUAGGGAGUCUUACAGUCAUCCAAAUUAACUAGACAUAAGUGUAUAUUGAUUAGAUAGCAACACAACUGAGCUUUGUAUAACCAAAUUAGCUAUAAUGUAUCACUAUACUUUCAUUCUCAGUUUUACGAAAUAGUAUACGUUGUUUUCGAAAAGAACCGGGCUAUAAAGUAGACUAGGUUAAGGAAAAAUAAUUUUGUUUGAAAGCUCGAUCAGAGUGGAGGAAGGAGAGCAGAAUUGAUAUUUCAAGUACUAAACAAAGUAGGCGGUGGUAAACCUCGUGGCCCCUCCGACGGUCGCCGGCUUAUUUUGAAAGCUUUGAUUUAGGGUGUGUGUGGGAGGGGGGGGAGGGGGCGGGGUGAAAGUACUGUGGGCUAACACACGAAACCAGUGCUUAUAUUUGACAUUAAAUGUAUUUACGUUAUUCUAGAAGCAAAAUCUACUCCAAGUCCAACGAAACCAACAUGUCCACCCAAUAGUUUCCAAUGUAACAACUCCAAUUGCGUUCACAGUAUCUGGCUUUGUGAUGGAGAUGACGAUUGCCUUGAUAACUCUGAUGAAAUUAACAAUGAAUGCCGUAAGUUAGAACGUUUUUAUUGGGGAGUGUUUACUCAAUAUAGGAAGAAGGUUAAGGAACUCGAUGCAGACAUAAUAGACUUAAAGCCUCGUUGCUUACAUCAAGACAAAAACAUAGAGGUGUAUUAUGUUAUAUGUAAACAACGAGUUUGAGUGUUUCAUCAGGGGAUCCAAACACAAGAAAACUGUAUGAAACACGAGCGCGAAGCGCGAGUGUUUUAUUGUUUUCGAGUGUUUGGUCCCCUGAUGAAACACGAGAAACGAGUUGUUUACACAACAUCUCAAACGAAAACAUUUCAUUGGCUUAUAUAUAUUAUUAUAGUAUAUUGUUGUGUUUUGACUUGAAUUUGUAAUUAGAAUCUCAGUUAUUAGAUGAAAACCGUUUUUCAUCUAACAACAGUGAUGGUAUAUGAUUUUUAGCGUGUUUCCUUGCGGUAUCCAACCUCAAUCAUGUGACGAAUUAGGGUGAGUUCAUUCGCUAAUUUGCUCAUGAAUUAUUAAUGAGUUUGAAAUGCCUGCAUCUAGUUGGAUAACCUUCAAUUGACUAUUGGGCACCUCACAUAUAGAAUUAAAUAUUGUAAGUUUUUGGGAAAUGAUAAUCUCGAGUGUGAAUAGGCAAUUCCAGCUUUUAGUUUAUGCGUGCAGGGGACGAUGGGAAGUAAGGUAUCACAUUGCUGAUUAUGCUGAAAAAAUAAAAAUGGUGGCCGUGUAAACACGGAGUGAUAGCUUAUAUUCGUAAAUAUUGAAAUAUUUCGGUUGUUUCGGCAGUUUUUAUUGAAAUUUUUCAGCAUAAUCGGCAAUAUGAUACCUAGGGAUGAGCCGAUUAAUCGGUACGGCCGAUAAAUCGGCCGAUAUUUGGCGUUUUCAAAAUAAUCGGUAAUCGGCCGAUUAUUUUUUAUAAUCGGCUAUUUGCCGAUAUUCGCAAUUUUUUCGGUUUUUUUUUAAGAAAAAUAACUCUAUAAUCUAGUAAUCUACACUCCGUCUUGUUUUUGACACUUUUGUUGUGCGUAUUUAAUCCCAUAUCCAUUAAUUCAUUUGACUCGUACAGUGACCGAUAACUGUCCAAUAUGAGUAAAUAUUUUCUGGAACACACUAAAACUAGUACGUCAAUUUGUGGCGUAUACACAAGUAUUAAAAGUUGUCAAAAAACCACCGUUAUCCGGCGCUUGUAACCCGGUACACAGAAAUAUCGGCCAUAGCCGAUUAAUCGGCCGAUUAUUUUUUUAUAUCGGCUCCGAUAUAUCGGAUCGGCGAAUCGACUUUUUUCUGGUAUCUGCUCAUCCCUAAUGAUACCUUACUUCCCAUCAUCCCCUGCACGCAUAAGCUAAAAGCUGGAAGUGUCUAUUAUAUACAUUUAUUAGGCCCCCCGUUUACAUGAGACCGGAACGAAGUCAAACCGGGACCAUCUCGUUUCGGUCAUAGUAUUAUCUAUAAUAGAUGUUUACAUGAGACCGGGACGAAAAUAACUCAGACCGGUCUCAAGUCAUUCCGCCUUCUGGACCGAACCGACUGACUUCACACCGGCAUGAAUUCAGACCGGGAUGAAUGUAAACACAAAUACAUUUCAGACCGGUCUCGGCUGUAAUCUUGACAUUGGAACAACACAUGCUAGCAAAAGCCACCUGAAACAGAAAAUUGCCUGGCAAGGGGAAUAAAUUGAAGAUUUUGUGAUCCUCGUACCGGUCUCAUGUAAACAUGUUGACAAUUUCAAUUUUCAUUCCGGUUUGACUUCGUCCCGGUCUCAUGUAAACGGGGCCUUAGAUCUAACCAGGAGCAGUUGCAAAAAAUGCAACUAUACAGUGUGUAUCAAAAUAAUUCGAAUCCAAAUUUGGCGUGUAAUAACGCAGAAUAUAUUUGACAAAUUCGGUUGGUUUUUACACCAUUGUUAAGUUCAUUUAUUUACCUUUCAAAUGACAUGCUGUACGCGUUAUUUAGUUGGAAAAUGAAGGAGUAUUGCUUUGACAAAAAAGUCCAUAAAAAUCACAAUUUUCCGCCGAUGGGAAUUGGACAUUUUUUCUUUCAAAGUUAGUCCCACAAGGCUUUGAAAUGCUAAUCAUCGCUGAAAACUAAAAUGCAAAUUUAACGCGAAUUUCUUCUCGUUCAACAUGUUGAAGGCAUAGGAGCUUAAAUCUCUUUAAAUGAACACGAAUUUAUGUAAAUUUUGCUACAUAACAGUUUGUUGAUUAAUUAAAUUUGCAUUAUCUUUUGUUUGUACGUCUCACUUCGAAUUCCCAUCGGCGGAAAAAUUUGAUUUCGAGCAACCAGUUUUAACACACGAUUUCUUGGUCAUUUUUGAUCUUAUUGAUAUAAGAACGAUAUAAUCGGAAACCUAAUAGGCUAUUCUUUAUUGCCAUAUAAAAAUUAUAUGGUUUACUUUAGUAUUUUAUAAACAGCAGUCUGUCAAAUUUGGAUUCGAAUUAUUUUGAUACACACUGUAUAAGCCCUCUGACAGGAAUCCGAACCUGUGACCCUGCGAUUCCGGUGCAGUGCUCUAACCAACUGAGCCACAGAGGCCAUUGACGAGCAUUAACCACAAGUUCGUCUAUAUAUAAUUUACACUCAAAUUUCCAUUAACGAAAAACUCUUCAACAAUUGUUUUCAGACACCGACUACGGCAAUUUAUUAAAUAAUACUUUACAUAUGUACCUGGCAUUAAUGUCAAGAGAAAUGAAUUUCAUGUUAAAGUCAUUCGUUAUUUCUGUCUAUUAGUGUCCAAGACUUGCAGUCCUUCAGAGAGGAAAUGUAAUAACAACAGGUGUAUACCUAAAGCGAUGUUCUGUGAUGGCGACGAUGAUUGCGGUAAUAAUUAUGACGAACAGAACUGCACGUGUUCCAGAGAUCAUUUCAAAUGCGAGAACUCGGGUCCCUGUAUUCCUAAUGGCUGGAAAUGUGACGGUGAUAAGGACUGUCUUUACGGCUCUGAUGAAGUCGGCUGCAGUA